AAAAGAAGAUCCAACGUUGGAGCAUCUCAUUGUGGAAUUCAAUUUGGAAGGUAACAUUUAUUCUGUGCAACAGCAUAUGGUGUUUUUUCUCUUCCUAUAGGUUUGGAGCCUUCAUCAAGGGGUUGAUUUGUCCUCUAGUAGUGUAUGCAUUUUUGAUUUCACCCAUUUUAUAGUUCGCUUUGGACUGGUUAGUCACAAUAGUUAGACUCGUGCGAUAAUAAAUUUGUAUACCAUAAACCGGGUUGAAUCGCGCGUAUCAAUACCGGGAAGCCGUAAUAAAAUCCAUUCUCUGCCCCGCCGUGAACGACUCGUGUCCGCCGUUUCCGCGUGAUUAAUUCGAAUAGUGUUUACUCUGCUCUUGCAGGAAGCUCGGGUGAUAUGUUAAAGAUCGCGAAACCCAACGAAUUCGAUUUGGUAUUUAAGCUCCGUAUUCCGCAUUACCGGGAAAUAAUCGUGACGCGAGAUUCGGAAAUGCCGGGCAACGUUUUACUCGAUAUAACGCGCGUACUUCAACUACUCAAAAGUGAUCCCCGCGAGGAUCAACAGAAUAUCCGCCGGCUGUUAAAAUCUCUCGUAAACGCUCAAAACUUCCUCAUCGUGGAAAAGCUGCACCACUGGCUCCAAAGCCUAUUCAGUCGCACUCUCAACCGGCUCGAUCAUCGGAUCGUAGUGGAUGGCAAGGCAUCUAAGUUAAAGUAUCGCACUUGUGGGCCGGCCCACACCAUCGAGGUCGAAGGAAUGGAAUAUUCGGUUGAUUUUGUGCCUGCCAUCCGACUGGAUGCCGAGCAGAACGUGUUUCGGACCGAACAGUUGAAUUACCACGCGAACAUACACUACUGGGAUGCGAUACCCAAACCAUUAAAAAAACCGCUCAUAACCGAAAGUAUUUCAUUUCGAUCUUCCUUUUACGAUGCCGAGAAGGCGAUGUUAAGGGGUAAACACGAAAAUUGCCGCAAUGUAAUCAAGUGCAUUAAGAAAUUUCGCGAUGUUCAGACGAAUUUACACAACUUAAAGAGCUAUUUUAUUAAGACUGUUUUUCUUUGGAAGAUUAGGUUCGAGCCGGAGUCUUACUGGUACAAGCCGCUUACAGUCAUAUUGAUCGAUAUGUUUGAGGAGUUGACGGAUCGUUUAAUGCACGGAAGACUAGACUACUUCUGGGACCCCAAGCUAAACAUGCUGGAUAUAUAUUCAAGGAAUCAAACAAUAGAAAUGUUUCGAUGUGUCCAAGGAAUGUCGGGCAAGCUAAGGAGGGUGGCUAAAGCUAGAAAUCCCACAUAUCGCAGUUUGUUGAGUGUUCUGCAGGCUUUCAGUCACAGAGAGGAACGCAUUGCUAUCCCUCGCUGUUACACGAGAAAGUCUCAUCAAAAACGUCAAAGCAAUAGGUCCUGUAUUAUACCCCAGGAGAUUAUAAAUUUUACAACCGGACCAAAAAGAAAAACUGAAAGAAUACAAAUAGGAGCAUCUACAUUCUUGAAUCCCGAGCUGAAAAACUUCGAUAUCUAUAAAAGCGUUCAAACAAUGGAAAAGUUCCGAUGUGUCCAAGGGACAGUGGACAAACUUAGAAGGGAUGCUGGGUAUACCAUAUAUUGCAGUUUGUUGAGCGUCCUGCAGGAUUUCAGUCACAAUAAGGAAUGGAUUGCUAUCCCUAGCUGUUACCCGAGAAAGUCUUAUCCCAAGCGGAAAUGCGUCAAGCGCCUGAACAAUCACUCCCAAUGAUGCCGUCUAGGCAAUGGGCCCUGAAUUAAUCAUGAGGAGAUAACAUUUCUUUCUAAAACUGGAUGAAAAAACAAAAACUGAAUAACAAGCUUCGGCUUGGUUUCGCUAGGGCCACUUGAUGAUGCAACCAUUGCAUGUCAACGUCCUAAUAAGAACAAGAUUAAUUUGGAGUAUCUCGCACUCACAGACCAAUUCAUUAUUUUGGGGGCGCAUAUCAAUUAAGACCUGGGCUCUCCUUCUCGAACUUGCGUAGCUUCGUGUGCCUGCCAAUUGGUUCUGUGAUGUAUUUUCUCCACAUUUUAACACUACGUUCCUCAAUAUUCAACAGGAAACAUCGAUAGUGACAGUAGGGCGCCUUAUCGUAUUUGGCGCCUACCACUCGCCUCUUUUGGCUCUCUUCAAAAAGGUUAAGGCACUCUCUAAAUCGGGUACUGAAUCGGUAGCAACAAUGAAUCUCAUUCCAUACUUUUAAAUUAUGUUCUUUAUUUACUGUACUUGGAUCGACAUAUGGUGAUGAUUGGAGCUGCAUUUCCCAAAACAUUGAAAAGGUGAACCCACUGGGAAAUGUACGCUAUGUUCAAAAUUCAAAAUUGCAUGCGUCGAAAAGUAUACCACCAUUCAGGCUGAGCCACUUUAACGGCCUAAAGCUGGAGACAUUUGGACAGCUGCUAAGAGUGAAUAUGCCGCAAUUAUUGGGGAAUGUAAUUCAAAGUUUCUUAUCGAUUUCAGCUGAUUUUUAAAAUCUUUUAUCGAUAAAAUAUACCGAAAUAUACCGACUUUUGUUCAAAAUAUACUGACAAAUUGACGAGGGUAUUUAACGUCACACUGCCUGUCACACUACUGUGUAUUUAAAAUUUUUGCUCGUUGGCUGAGGUU